UUGUGGGUUCGAGUCCCAUCUGGGGUGGCUGCAAUUUUUUUUAUCCUUACUUCAGCAUUUUGUUUUUAGUCAUUUAAUUAACAACUAGGGAAGUAUUUAUCUGCCGACUCUCAUCAUGAAUUCUUGUCCUCCGUCGCACUAAUUUUCGGUGUUACUCUCCGUUCAGAACCUGAUAUUCUUCAUAUAUGAUGAGGAAACCGAGCGUCUGUUUGUGCGUCCUGCUGUGCUCUGUGGCUGCAUCGCUGGAUGAAGUUGGAAGACAAAUUAGCAAAGUGCAAACUUACCAGGCCACGGUGAACUGGGAUGCUGCCCAGAAGAGCGUGACCCUGCAGGAGGGGGUGAUGGCGCGGGACGGGGGCGCCUGCGGAUUCUUCAACGACUCUCUGCUGCUCUCUGGAUGGGGCGUCUUGGAGAUCCAGGCCGGCUUUGGAGGAGCGCCGCAGGACGAUGAAAUCACAUUUUACCUGGCUGGUUACCUGGAGGGCUACCUGACUGCUGGACAGAUGUUCAGCCAUUACACCAACAUGUUUCCUCAGCUGGUAAAAGAUGAGCGAGUUUUAAUCCCCUUAAAACACUUCAUGAGCCAACAGGACAGCUGGGCCAGAGAGCAGGCGGCUCAGAGGAGGAACAGCGACCCCCUGUGGAAGCAUGUGGGACUGAUCCUGGCCCAGCUGGACGGGCUGCACGCUGGAGCUGCAGAGUGGGCCAAAAGCAGACACAGGGAGGCCCUGCCGCUGUUCGCGCUCCAGUUCCUGAAUGGUGUGGGUGACCUUCUGGACCUGGUCCCGGCUCUGAUGCCUCGCUCCAACUCCUCGACGGGCUCGGCCGCCUUCAGGAGGCCUGGGAUGGGCCUCUGCACGGCUCUCAUAAAGGUGCUGCCCGGUUAUGAAAACCUGCUACUGGGCCACUCCAGCUGGUACAGCUACGCCGCCACCAUGCGGAUCUACAAGCACUGGGACUUCAGGGUUUCCGAUUCGCGCGUCCACACCGGGCAGAUGUCCUUCAGCAGCUACCCAGGGUUCCUCAUGUCUCUGGAUGAUUUCUACCUGCUGGGCAGCGGCCUGCUGAUGACGCAGACCUCCAUCGGCGUCUUCAACGCCUCGCUGUUCUCUCGGCUCAGCCCACACCGCCUGCUGGCCUGGCAGAGGGUCCGCCUGGCCAACGGCCUGGCCCGCAGCGGAGAGGAGUGGGCGCAGCUCUUCUCCAGAUAUAACUCAGGAACCUACAACAGCCAGUACCUGGUUCUGGACCUGAGCAGGGUUCUGCUGCGGCGCAGCAUCCGGGCCGGAGCGCUGACGGUGGUGGAGCAGAUUCCCGGGAACGUCGUCCACUCCGACCAGACUCCGGCUUUACGCAGAGGUUACUGGCCGUCCUACAACGUCCCAUUCCACGCCGAGAUCUACGCCCAGAGCGGAUACGCCGCCAUGUGGGGGCGCUAUGGAGAAGACUUCUCCUACGACCUUUGCCCCCGAGCCAAAAUCCUCCGCAGGGAUCAGGCCAAGGUGUCGGACCUCAGCUCCCUCAAAUACAUCAUGAGAUACAACAACUAUAAGAGAGAUCCCUACUCCAAGGGCCAUCCAUGUAAAACCAUCUGUUGCCGUAACGACCUGAGACCAAGGAGGCCACGCCCAGGAGGUUGCUAUGACACCAAGGUGACAGACUACCAGAUGGCCCUGCAGCUGACCGCCGAGGCCGUAAACGGGCCCACCACCCAAGGGGGACUCCCCCCGUUCUCCUGGAGGCCCUUCAACCUCACGGCUCAUCAGGGUCUCCCAGAAACCUACACGUUUCCCUUCGUCAUCAUGAAGCCCACGCUGCGCCGGCCCUGACGUGUUAGCUAGCUAUAGCCAGCUAACAUCUCCGUCUGUUAGCUAGCUAUAGCUAUAACCUGCAAAAUCAGAGUCGCCCCGGGGCUACGUGACUGAGCUUGUGAGCUUCGCUGUGGACGUUCAGGGUGGAGGUAGAAAACGUUGCUUCAACCGCAUGUUUACCACGCGUAAUUUAUCAUCAUAGAGUAAAAACAUAAAACUAACCAUAUAGAAUGUAAAAUAAAUGCUUA